CCGUGUCGCCCUCUGUAGUCAGGCUGGGCUUGAUUGGGAAUUCACGUCCGACUCUCCCGAGUCUCGAAGCUUUCAGCCGGGUAAGCCAACAAGCAGCACCAUUUCUGAGAGGAUUACCUUGGAAAUAUUCGUGUUGAUGGGCGAACGUGGCUCCGUCGCCAGGCUCUUAUGCGGGGAGGCAGAGCCGAGGGAGAAGUGAGCGGGUAGCCGGGGCUUAGGGGUCAUUCCGUAAGAGCGUUAUGUGGAGUGAAGCGGGCUCAGUGCCAUUGCUCAGAAGACAACGCCUGGAUAAAGAAAAGGAAACAGAAAUUUGACUGUUAAAACACUUCCUCGGCGAUUUUUUCGGCAGAAACGAUGGCUGUUACAGGACCUUCUCGUCGCUUUCAAACUGUCUGUGUCCUGUUUCUGCUCUGCCAGCUCUCGGACUGCAGUGGAGGUUCAGCCACUCAGACGUCUCAGUUCUCCUCGUAUGAAGUGAGCAUACCAAAACGUAUCAGCAGACAGAGGAGAGAGCAGGACACUGCAGCGGCCGACAAGGUGUCCUAUGUCAUCCCAGUCCAGGGGAAAGAGCAUGUCGUCGUCCUGGAGAAGAAUGACUUACUCCUGCCACAUGAUUUCACUGUGUACUCUUACGCCAAGGACGGCUCACUGGUCACAGAAAGGCCCAACAUGAAGAACCACUGUCAUUACCGUGGAUACGUGGAGGAUGUUGGCGGCUCUUCGGUUGCCCUGAGCCUGUGCUCUGGGUUACGGGGUGUGAUACACAUGGAGAACACUAGUUUGGGCAUUGAGCCGCUGGAGGGCUCGGUGGAUAACGAGCACCUGGUUUACCAGCUGGAGGACGUGAAGGCGGAGCCUCUGACCUGCGGAACACCCCAUUCUGAUCACCAUGACGACCAAGCAUCACCCGGACACGCAGAGGAUAGCCAGGCUCACGAUAUCACCCCCGGUCAAUCUGUCAGUCAUCUGAUCAGGAAAAAGAGGGCAGUGAUGCACCAGACGCAUUAUGUAGAGCUCCUGCUGGUGGUCGACAAUGAAAGAUUUAACUACACUAACAGGAAUCAGACCGCGGUGAGAGAAGAGAUGGUGCAGCUCGCCAACUUUGUUGACAGUAUGUAUGUCCCUCUGAAUAUCCGUGUGGUGUUGGUGGGGUUGGAGAUCUGGUCAGUGGUGAACCCCAUCAAUACGGACGGCAGUGCGGGUGAAGUUCUUGGCCGGUUCACUCAGUGGAGGGAAAAGGAGCUGGUGUCCCGCCGUCGCCAUGACAGCGCCCAGCUCAUCCUGAAGAAGGGGUUUGGGGGUACAGCAGGGAUGGCGUUUGUGGGUACAGCCUGUUCCAGGAGUCAUGGCGGUGGGAUUAAUGCAUUCACCCAUAAGAACGUGGUGUCGUUUGCCUCCAUUGUGGCUCAUGAGCUGGGCCAUAACCUGGGCAUGAACCACGACGACGGACGGUCGUGCAGAUGCGACGUGGGCAGCUGCAUCAUGAACUCAGGGGCAACUGGAUCACGCAACUUCAGCAGCUGCAGUGCAGAUGAUUUUGAGAAGAUGAUCCUGAACGCUGGAGGUAGCUGCCUGCUGAAUGUCCCGCGGCCCGACGAGGCCUACAGCGCCCCCUACUGCGGCAACAAGCUGGUGGACGUGGGAGAGGAGUGCGACUGUGGCUCUGAGGAGGAGUGUGAGAAGGACCCCUGCUGUGAGCCCAAGACGUGCAAGCUUCGAGCUGGAGCGCAGUGCGCCUAUGGAGUCUGCUGCAAACACUGCAGGUACCUUCCUGGUGGCACCGUCUGCAGGAGCAGCACAGAUGAGUGUGAUCUGCCUGAGUAUUGUAACGGCUCGUCAGCUCUGUGUCAGAGUGACGUUUUCAAACAGAACGGCCACCCAUGCCGACAGGGCCAGGCCUUCUGCUACAACGGCCAGUGCCAGCACUAUGACAGCCAGUGUCAAGCCAUAUUCGGCCCCAAUGCGAAGGCUGCUCCUGAGGCUUGUUUCAAGGAUGUAAACUCUAAAGGUGAUCGCUUUGGAAACUGUGGCUACCAAAGCUAUGGCUUCAAGAGGUGUGAAAGCAGGAAUGCCAUGUGUGGGAAGCUUCAGUGUGAGAACGUUCAGUCGAAUGUUAUAUUUGGCAUCAAGCCCUCCAUAAUCCAGACCCCCAUUGGUGGGACCACCUGCUGGGGAGUGGACUUUCUGCUGGGCUCAGACGUCCCUGACCCAGGCAUGGUCAACGAGGGCACCAAGUGUGGUGAGAACAAGGUUUGCCAAAACUACGAGUGCAGAAGUGCAGACGUGCUGAACUAUGACUGCGAUGUAGAGAAGAAAUGCCACGGCCACGGGGUAUGUAACAGCAAUAAAAACUGCCACUGUGACAAUGGCUGGGAACCUCCACAUUGUGAAUCUGCAGGCUACGGCGGCAGCAUAGACAGCGGACCCACCUGGAAUGAUAAAGACACCUCUACAAGAGAUGGUCUGCUGGUGUUCUUUUUCUUCAUUCUUCCUCUCCUGGCUUUGGGUCUCUUCGUCUUCUUCAGGAGGAAUGAGCUUCAGCGACGCUUCUGCAGGAAAAAACGCUCUCAGGGUUACGAAGCGGACAGCAGGCCUCAGACCAACAACAGCCGAACCCCUGCAAAUCAGCGAGGAAACGCCAGCAGCAUAGUGAAAGAUGGACAUCAGGCUCAGUUAUUGCCACCUGAGGAGGUGGUUCAGACAAGCAAGACUUCGUCAGCGCCAGCGUACGCCACCCGACCACCACGCCCUCCGUUUUCACGGCCGCCCCCUCCGGCUGCUCAACUUCUGCCCCAGAGACCAGCCCCCCCUCCCCCCGUAUAACGCACGACACACACGUCCAGCCAGGCAGGUGUGUGCAUGCGCGUGUGUGGGGGAGGCCAGGUGAUAUUUGUGUAAUGUGAGUGUUUGGGGGUGUCCAAGAGGAAUCAGCUGCUUGCGUCACUCUGCCCUCCCCCGAAGGCUCCGCCCCCACUUUGUCACCCCCCAUGAGCUUUGGAACAGUUGUCGGCUGUCAGUCAAACAGCAGCUAAGCCGAAGCAGCUAUGGCCGCUGUUCUGAGAGGAACCUCCCGCAAUACAUCACUGAGCACAUGGUGGGACCUAGAGAACCUCAGCCAAUGAACUGGGACCCCCUGACGCUUUCGAAUUACGGUGUCUACGGCAACAAUCCCCUAUCUGUAUUGUUAUGACUAUUACGUGCUGUAAAAGACCAGGACCACUGCAACUGAUUGCACUUCAGUAAUAUUCACUGCGUAUAAGAAUGUAUAGAAACGUACAGAACCCUUCUUAGAUAGCCUUUUUUGAAGUGUUGGCAAGGAUUGACUUCAUUAUUGAGGACCUUGUUUUUUUUCACUUACACUUAUUUUGGAGUAAAAUUCGCGACGGUUGCUGUUAACUGCAACAAGCACGGUUCUACACAGAGAAUGAGGUGUCAAUGCAGUUUACUAUUUUAUAUUUUAUAUAGUUUUAUUUCAUGCAAAACUAUACACACACAUAUACAGCCGUAUGCAAAAGUUUGAAAACUCCUGCACAAUGACGUUUUAUUGAUUUUCUAAGUGAAAAUAAAUGAACACAUUGUCUGCAGAGAACACACUAAAAUAUGGCAUUUUCUGAGAAUUUAAUGCACAACCUCUGUUUAUUUGUUGAGAUUAACAUACUGGGGGAAAGAUUACUCAAAAUGUAAAAUGUGCCAUGACUUUUAAAAAGGACACAUUUGAUGCUUUAUUUUUUCUCCAAAAUGUAAAAUUUAGCAAAUAAACAGUAAUUACGCAUAAAUAUGACAAUUUUCUGGAAAUUUUCAUGCGUAAUUUCUGUUUACUUGCUGAGUUUAGGUUGGGGAAAAAUAAAACAUACAGUCUAAAAUGUGCCAUAAAUUUUGCACAGACCACAUUUUUUUUUAAUGUUAAAUUAACAGUAAUUGUGUAUUAAAAUGUGCAGAGGUGUGUUCUCUGUAGAGGAUGUUUUAACUGGUUUUCACUUAGAAAAUCAACAAAACAUGUCAUUUGAGGGUGCACAAACUUUUGCAUACAGCUAUACACAAAUAUUGCGUAUUUCAUUUUUGUUGUUCUUUUUAUUUUUUUGUACCUGAAAACCCAAACUGUGUGAGUACAUUUCAUAUAUAUAUAAUGGAGUACUGUGCAAAGUAUCACCCUUCCUUUAUUUAAUAUUUACAGUCAAAAAGGCCAUUCAGGCCGUUUUUAACUCAGAAUGGAAAUUUGUCUGUAUUUGUUGUGUCCACCCUUUGCUUUUAUUCCAGCUUCCCUUCUUUUCAGGAGACUCACUUUCAGCUUCUCAAAGAAUCUCCAACGUUCAGUCUUAGAAGCUGGUUGAUCAUUUUCUGAAGUAAUCAAACACGUUCAGUGAUGUUGAGGUCUGGACUCUGGGGUGGUCAGUCCAUCGUUCAGCUUCUUUGUUUGAUGUCUGUCUCCUUUUCUCAGUGAGGUUCUUCUUGAACAGCUACACAUCCUUUCAGACUCACAGAGCUGAGUCGUCUUCUCACAGUGGAAGGAUGGACAGAAACACCUGUGGAUGUUUUCAGAUCUGAAGCAGCUUGAUUUUCUCCUCUCUCUCAAAGAUGAAAGCUUUAAGUGCUGUUUAUCUUUGGUGUCGACCAGGUCUUCCAGGUGGUUGUUAGGAGUCCCAUUUUCUCUAGAGCUACUAAUCAUUUUUUGAACUCAAUUUUUGGGAACUGUUUUUUCCACUUAUUUUCCUUUGACGUUCUCCUUACUUACGCAGGUUGAUAGUUUUACAGCUAAUUUCCUCAGAAACAUCUCCUGAAACGUGAACAACUUGUAUUCUAUGGCUGUUUUGACUGGAAUUAAAUAAAUGAAGGGUGACUUUUGCACAGCACUGUAUAUAUAAUGUUAAUCUCUUUUAAUAAGCCAUGUGGAAAUUAUGUCAUCAGGCAAAGUUACAGAGGAAGGUUUUUAUUUUGUGCGCAGUUUUUUAAAGCCUAAUUUCAGGUAAACAUUUCUCAGUCCAACCGUGAAACCUAAUAACACCUGUUCAGGUUUUUAAUACUGAGUUGCUUCCUCAGAGUCAAAAGUCAAAGUUCGAAAACUGCAAUACACACUGACUUUAAGCUCAGUGACCUUCGGUUACACGUCAGAUACUAUCAGUGUUAUCAGUGUUGCCGUGUGCUCUGUGACGGUUCCAAGUGCUUUAGAUCCACUACAGUAUAAUUGCACCAUCCAAACGUGACUUUCAUUCACAUUGAUUUUUACUUCAUUUGCCAAGUCAGAGGCUGUCCCACUUUACAAGGAUGUCCAAUCAGGUAAACAGAGUGACUCAGUGUUCGAACUGCAGUUAUUUUAACGUCACUUUCGUUUCGGUGGUUGUGUUUUGGUGUAACCUUGACUCUAGCUGCGUUUCAGACAUCAAGGGCUACAUGAUGAUACUCACUAUGCCAUGUGUGACAGCAGGAAGGUUCGCUGAGUGCAAAGCCAUGUUCAAUAAUGCAAUAUCCUACAGUGUAGCUCUCAGAGGACGUGAUGAAGAUAACAGCCUAAUAAACCGUUCUUCUGUAAUAGCAGAUAUGCAGAUUUACAAUGCUGGACUACAUGUCCAUUCUGUGUUAUGUCAUCUACACAUACUUUGCUCCUGCUGACUUUUUCAAUGGCGCACUGAACAUUACUGGUCAUUACGGCAACCCGUUCACAGGCUGAGUGAAGUGCCAUAGCGUAUAUUUAGAAAACCUCUAUAGCUACAUUUCCACCAAAUUUCAGGUAUUUUUGGUGAUAAAAUGUCAUUUUGUGCAAAAAAAAACUGCUUAGAUUUUGAUUUAUCAAUUAAAAAAAACUUUGUGUUCGACACAUUUCCAUUUCUAAUUUCAUGCACAUCACAACUCAUGUAGCUUUGGCUUCACUGACAUCCCCAUAACUGAUUAUUAUAUUAAGGACAUUUUGUUUAUUUAUUUGUUUUUAUUUUAUUACUGUUGUAAACCAUUUGAGCUGUUUGAGCACUUUCCAUUUAGAAAAGCUGUAGCUUUUUUCUGACAUCUCUCUCUGUAAGUGCUAAAAAAGAGGCAGCAUUUCUUUUACAAACCUCUUGUCUUUAUGUGGGUUGACAUCGGUCACAUUUCACAGAAUUUACGCAUAAAUUAAUAUUUGUGAACAAAGUUUUAUUCCUCGGAAAAAAAAAAGUUUUCAGUAUAGAUUUUCGCAACAUUUUAAGAAUCGACCAUUUUUUCACUAAAGUUUUGGGUUUUGUCGACAUUUGUAAAGUAUUACUAGCAGCUUCCUUUUAAAAAGUGCACAGUUGUGUGCAGAAGUUUGUAAACGCUCUCAGUAAAACUUACCCUUUUUAUUGACUUCUAAGUAAAAAUAUGUUGGGAAGAAGCUUAAAUAUAACUUUUCUGGACAUUUUAGUGCGCAAUUUCUAUUUAUUUGCUGAGUUUAACAUAUUGGGGGGAAAAAACAAUACAUACAGUAUAAAGUGUGCCAUAACCUUCACACAGACCACAUUUUUUUAAUGUUAAAUUCAGUAAAUAAACAGUAAUUGUGCAUUAAAAUGGGCCGAAGUGUGUUCUCUUAGGAUGUCUUCACUUGUUCACACUUAGAAAAUCAACUUGACCGGGGUGCACAAACUUUCGCACACGACUGUAUGCUUCAUUUUGAAGCUCUAAAACUCUUGGAAAUGUAGCUAUUGAGUGUUCUCUACGACUUUCCGUCAUUAGUGCGAUAACGAACACAUUUAACUUACAUUAUUUGCCGGAAUGUGUCUAUUAAUGCAAGUCACUGUAUCUGUAUUGACGCCUAAAUGACGACUUUUAUUAUGAGUGGACUGUUUUAUAGAUCAUUGCAUUGAUUUUUCUUUCUAUGUUUUUUUUUUUCUCCUUUUCUUGAUCUUAUAUGGUCUGAUUGCACUGUGUUCCCAAAUCUUCCAGGUCUUAUACUGUUGCUUGACUUGCAAGGUGACCUUUGAACUAGAACCAAGCGAAAGAGCAACUCAUGGAAGUGUCUGUGAUGAACGUAGACGGGAACUGUGAGAUAUUAUGCCAGUGUUUCACAAUUAAAGGACAGGCUCAAGAUUGCUUGCGCGCUUUGUGGUGUGUUGGUGAUGGUUUUAUAUUGGUAUCGCAAAUGAAAACAAUAAAAAUCACUGCUAUGUUUCUACAGGA